GGUGGGCGUGGCCCAGUCUAAGUCUGAACUUUGCGCGCACUCCUAUUCCCACUUGCAGCUGCUUGCGGACGGACGCUGUGGAGAGUUGGUCCCAGGGUCGGGAGUGCAAAGAACCCACGGGUCGGGCCUAGAAGUUGAGGGUGAAGAAGAGGCUUUGCUGGAACUUGAGCUCGGGAAUGCAGCACUGUGACGUAGGGAGCCUGAAUAGGAAACACAGUUCUCAGGACAUCACAUCUUCCUGCACAAACGUGCCAUCUCAGUGCUGAAUACCAAAGAGCCUGUAACUGGGCCUCAGGGAAGGUGUGCAGGCAGGUAGAGCUGUGUCUCCUGGAUGCCGAGAUUUGAGACCCAGAAGUCUCCCAUGGCUUCUUACCACAUCCGCCAGUACCAGGACAGCGACCGCGAAAGUGUCCUGGACUUGUUCACAAGGGGCAUGGAGGAGCACAUCCCCACCACCUUCCGCCACGUGCUGACGCUGCCCCGAACCCUCCUGCUCUUACUUGGGGUGCCACUUGCCCUGGUCCUGGUGUCUGGCUCCUGGCUGCUAGCGAUUAUGUGCAUCUUCUUUCUGCUCCUCCUCCUGCGGCUCCUUGUCAGACAGCCCUGGAAGGAGUAUGUGGCCAAGUGUUUGCACACAGACAUGGCUGACAUCACCAAGACCUACCUGAGUGUGUGUGGCGCAGAUUUCUGGGUGGCUGAGUCUGGGAACCAGGUGGUGGGCACAGUGGGGGGUCUGCCAGUCAAGGAUCCCCCACUAGGGAGGAAGCAGCUGGAGCUCUUUCACCUGUCUGUGUCUUCACAGCAUCGAGGACAGGGCAUAGCGAAAGCACUGGUCAGAAUUGUCCUCCAGUUUGCACGGGACCAGGGCUACAGUGAUGUUGUCCUCGAGACCAGCAUCUUGCAGCAAGGCGCUAGGACACUCUACCUGAGUAUGGGUUUCCGGCAGACAGGCCAGUACUUCCUAAGUGUGCUCUGGAGGUUAAUGGAUGUUCCUGUAACUCAUUUAGAGUAUUCCCUCCCUUCUGCCUAGGAAGUGGGGCCGGGACCUAUGCUCCUGUAGCUGAAAGCUGGCCCUGUUACACUCUACAGGAACCAGUGAACCCUGUCAUGUCAAUGUGGUGACCAAUAAAAGCUCCUUGCUGGUGCA